UUUCGUGGUGUACGUUCUAAGAAUCUGUUAACUACCUUUUUAAACACGUCAGUUAAUAAUUAUUGCGGUAAGAGUAAAUUGAAUUUUGUUAUGAAUUGACAAUGGGUUUCAAAUGAUGGUAAAUCAACAGAACAGAAAAUUUACAUCUUAAAAGGAUUUCCUUUUAGUGAAAGAGUUCAUAUCUCAAAGACGUUCAUAUUUUAAAGAACAAAGUUUUCUGAUUUUAUGAUUUUUCUUAUUCACAUCGAUCGUUAUCGCUAUGCUAGAGGAAAUAAUUGGGUUUAGUUUAUCGAUUUUUUCACUUUUCGUAACCGAAACGCCGAGAGUGUCUUUAUCUGCCCAACAUGAGCAAGAGGACGCGAGUACUGAUGGUAAUAUACAUUUUAGACUAAUGGAAAAUGAUUCCAGAAGUAGAUUUAUAAACAAAGAAUAUGACCAGUCUGAUUUGAACGACGAAAGUGAAAUCUUCAUGGCUGAUGGAAAUCAACUUGAAACAUACUGCAAUAACAUGCAAAAUUCCAGAAACUUUAAAUCAUCAUUGUGGAAAAGUUUAUCGACAAGUAUCAAUCUCACGUUUGCUACCAUCUUGCCAACUCUUUUUGCUUUGACAUUGGUGUAUAUUGACACGAAUACCACCUACAGUUGUUUGGCAUGGCGGAAUUACAAAAACAAGACAUUACCAUUAUCUGUGAAACGUGUUCACGUCUUUGGUGAUUGCGUGGAGUCGUUUGUGUUAUAUUUAUGGUUUCCAUUGUCAAUGAUGAUGUUAUUCGGAUGGAAAGAAUUUAAAGAAAAGUUCACAUCUGCGCUUUAUGUUUGUGUCAUAUUCGGGGAAAUGGUCGUUAUUUAUCACUUGAUUUCAUUUCAGUUCAACUUUUACGAUAUACAUAGUUACUACAGAAUCCCUCCAAGUAUUUUAUUUUGUGUCUCUUUAUUUUGUUCCGGCUUUGUGAUCCUUUACAAUAUUCGUGCUUGUGAUCAGCAGGUCACUUACUCUAAUUGUCAUAUCAUAGCGCUUCUUCUGAUGGAAUUUAUAUUUUGCGCUUUCAUCUCUUACGCUAACCGGUACGAACUUAUUCCUGCGUUUAAUGGCUUUCGCAAAGAGCUGUAUAAAUUUCUCGUGGCGUUAACCUCUCCAGCACUCACUAUUAUUCCUGCGAUUUUAUGUAAGCAUAUGGCUUUGAGAAGAAGUGACGAAAUCGUUCAUCCAGGUCGUAGUUUCAUUUUGGUAUAUGUUAUACGAGGAGCUGCCAUAUUUAUCUUCAGAACAAUGCAGUCCGACUUCAAAAGUAUUUCGCUUUUUAUUGGUCUUUCAUUGUUUUCAGCGGUUUUGAAUUUUCUGAAAAAAGCCACUCAGCAAAUCUGCUACAACGUUUGGAAACGAAUAAUAACGAAAUUGCAGGGUUUAGGCUGUUUUCAACGACUACAAAUUUUACCAUGGAACACUGCACCUGCAAGACUGUUAAAAGCUGACCUUGAAAUUCAAGAUAUACUUUUUGAAUAUAAUACUCUUGUUUUAAGCCAAGCCUAUCUGAUCUUUUACCAGCUUGAAAGUUUCAAAAUCGAUGUUAGACCUUUGUUAUUGGAGUUUGUCAAAAGAAUUUCGAUUGGCCUUGGGAUAGACUUCAUCUUUAACUGUCUGUCUAACUUUGUGCAAAUGCAUUAUUUCAACAUUCCUAUUGGCCGCGUUUGGAAGAAAUACUGGAAACGACAUUUGUUAGCCAAUAUUGUUGUUACUUUAAAUAUUAUUGCAUACUAUAGUUUAGAUUUUAAUUCCGUAUUUAAAGCACAUUUUCACGAGAUGAGAGAAGAUUCUGUGAAAUAUCCAAUCAGAAACUGUUCACUUUUUUAACAAUUCAGAAAAAUAUUUUUCGUCAAAUGCUAUCAAGCAAAUAAGAAAAUAUUUGCAUUUUAUUUAUGUAGCGAAAGUUGUGAAAAGUUUCUUCUUAUUGUUA